UGCUGGUGAACCGUGAUUUUUAGAAGCAAGAAAUAGGAGGAAAAAAAAAAAAGAAGUUUUCUCCCCGAGGACCGAGACCAUUCCACAAACUGAAGUGCUGCCAGCAGCAUAUGCUUUUUGCAAGAAUAAUUGAAACCAUUAACUGGAGAGCACAGAAUUCUUUUGAAAGUCUGCCAGUUAUUUUCAAGUAACUUAGGCAGUGGCACAAAAUAUAACACUUAUAUUUUAACUUCUACAAUUGCACUUUUAGGAGCUGGCCUCUAAUUUGAUUUUCAGUUGUUCUGAUAAGAUUUCUAUUUUAUGAUUGGCUUUAUGUUUAAUCCUUGUUUAAACAACCACAAUUUGACUUAAAUGAAAACCUAAGUGCUGAUGAAUAGGAGUUUUACCAAAGCAACAAGUUAGUUAUUUCUUCACGUUUAACUUGAAUUCACUUUUUUACCCUUUUUUUAAAGAAAAAGAGCAGUAAAUAUCGCCCUGAAGAAGGGUGCGAUUGCCUGCAUUUUAAUUUUUGUUUUUAAUAUGGCUGUAAACGUUUCCUUGGUCCGCGAUACGAAAUGGCUGACGUUGGAAGUGUGUCGGGAGUUUCAGAGAGGGACUUGUUCUCGCUCCGAUGCAGAGUGCAAGUUCGCCCACCCGUCCCGGAGUUGCCACGUGGAAAACGGUCGAGUUAUCGCCUGCUUUGACUCCCUAAAGGGCCGGUGUACCCGAGAGAACUGCAAAUACCUUCAUCCUCCCCCGCACUUAAAAACGCAGCUGGAGAUAAACGGACGCAACAACCUGAUCCAGCAGAAGACGGCGGCCGCGAUGUUCGCGCAGCAGAUGCAGUUCAUGCUCCCGGGCGCGCAGCUACAGCCCAUCACAACGUUUCCAGUGACUCCAUCGCUUGCAACAAGCCCCACGAUGGCUUUUAGUCCCUACCUGAGUCAUGUUUCCCCUGGGAUGGGCUUGGUUCCUGCAGAGCUUUUACCAAAUACUCCUGUCCUGGUUUCCGGGAAUCCUACUGUUACAGUACCAGGAGGCUCUGCCGGACAGAAACUGAUGCGUACGGAUAAACUGGAGGUUUGUCGAGAGUUUCAGCGUGGAAAUUGUACACGUGGUGAGAACGAUUGCCGCUAUGCUCACCCUAUAGAUAUUGCAAUGAUAGACACCAAUGAAAACACUGUUACAGUUUGCAUGGAUUACAUCAAAGGUCGAUGCUCUAGGGAGAAAUGCAAGUACUUUCAUCCCCCUGCACACCUGCAAGCCAAAAUCAAGGCAGCUCAACACCAGGUGAACCAGACAGCUGCAGCUGCAAUGGCCCUGCCGCCUGGUGCACUUCAACCUUUACCAAAGAGGCCAGCACUUGAAAAAAACAAUGGUGCCACCACAGUCUUUAACCCAAGCGUUUUCCACUACCAACAGGCUCUAGCCAACAUGCAGUUGCAACAGCCUACGUUUAUCCCUACAGGGUCAGUUCUGUGCAUGACACCCACUGCAAGCGUUGGUAGGUUUUUCUACACAAACUUCUCAACUUUUCCUAAUCUGAAAGAGACAGCAAGAUAGUAUGCAUCAGUGAGAACCUGGGUGGCUGAGUGGUGUGACUGUCUAUUCACUGUCUUCUCUGAGGCUUAAAUGGUUGUAUCCCUUUUAAUUUCUGUUCAGUGCAGUGUUUCAUGUGACUAAUCAGAGAAUCUGAGGUGAUGCUUUCCCUCCCCUGUUUAGUUCUGCUGCAGAGACAAAAAUUUGUCAACUGAAUAUAUCUUUACAACCUAUUUAAG